AUCUUUGGAAUACGUGCUUGCGUGGCCCCGGAAGACGGGGAGUAACGAACCGCUAGCUUUGGCUUCAUCGCUGCUUCUGUAUUAUCAGUUAACGCCAACAGCCAAAGAAGCAGGUUCGAGCCGCUUCGAGAUUUGCGUGAAUCGAUCAGUUCUCCAGCUAUUGCCAAAAUGAUUUCACUCACGGAUUCUCAAAAAAUUGGGAUGGGGCUGACAGGGUUCGGUGUGUUUUUCCUCUUCUUCGGGAUGAUGCUGUUUUUUGACAAAGCCCUCCUUGCCAUUGGGAACAUUCUGUUCGUCACCGGCCUGUCGUUCGUCAUCGGCCUGGAACGAACGUUCAGAUUCUUCUUUCAGAGGCAUAAAGUAAAAGCCACCAGCUUCUUCCUGGGAGGAGUGUUUGUGGUUCUGAUCGGGUGGCCGAUCAUUGGAGUCGUUCUGGAGAUUUACGGGUUCUUCCUCUUGUUCAGAGGAUUCUUCCCGGUGGCAGUUGGCUUCAUCAGACGAGUACCUGUGCUCGGGUCUUUGCUCAGCUUACCAGGGAUCAGUACACUGGUGGAUAAAAUUGGCGAGAGCAACACUAUGGUAUAACAUUAGCAGGAGAGCUUCAGUAUUUAUCAUAGGUUCUAACAGUGACUGUAUACUUUGGUCAACGCCACUCCAGAACUGUGAAUCCAAACGUUUCUCUGCACAAAAGAACCAAGUGUAUCUGUGGUCGUUUGACUGACGUCGUGCUGUUUUGUAUCUGAUUGCCACUUGGAUGAUGUUAUCAAGAGAUUUUUUUUUUAUUUUAUUUUAAAAAGCUGGAAGCAGGUCUCCCACUUUGCGUCAUUCCAGUCUGACAUUUAUGGGCUGGAGACUCGGGACCACUGGAUUAACUCAGCGGAGAGUCAGGAGCUGUUUGCAGCAUCCUCUCCUUCAGGUUGUGUGCCUCAACAGUCACUGAGAGCUUUUUGUUUGAGUCCCUCAAUGAAGUGAAGUACUGGAAUCUAACGUUGAAUUAAGAAACGUACGUUGGCAAAGAAACCUGAACGGUUGUAGAAAAGGUUUAAGAGGCUCGUUACGGAGAUGUUUUGCUGUAAUUUUGUAAGUGCAUACUUGUAAUAAAAUGUGUCUUUUAUAAA